GCCAAGUCCUCUGAGAAGUACUGAUAUCCCCUGCAUUUCGAAAAAAAUACUCCUAAGUGCGCUGAUCUUCCACCCUGAACAGAGAUUCAUUAACACCCAAUGGUCAACAUGGGCAGGAAUGCUCUCAGAGAUCAGAAAGAGAGUAAGAAGGAGAAGUCUGGUAAAAACAGUGCCAUGACGGGCCCCGCUUCAGUUAAAGCACCAGAGUCUUUCAGUUGGGAGGAGUACCUGAAGGAGACCUCAUCUACACCUGCCCCACCCAGCUGCUUUAGACAGUCCAGGACCCCUCCCUCCAAUGACUUCAAGGCAGGCAUGAAGCUUGAGGCAAGAGACCCACGUAACUCCACCUCCGUUUGCAUCGCCACGGUGAUGAGCAUGACCGGCGUGCGCCUGCGGCUGCGUCUGGAUGGCAGCGAUAACACCAAUGAUUUCUGGAGGCUGGUGGACUCCUCUGACAUCCAGCCAAUCGGCACCUGUGAAAAAAACGGGGACAUGCUGCAGCCGCCACUCGGGUUCAGAAUGAAUGCUUCAUCCUGGCCCAUGUUUUUGUUGAGAACUCUGAAUGGAGCAGAGAUGGCUCCAGCAUCAGCUUUUAAAAAGGAGCCACCCAGUCCGGCGCAGAAUAAUUUCAAACCUGGCAUGAAGCUAGAAGCCGUAGACAAAAAGAACCCUUACCUAAUCUGCCCUGCCACCAUCGGCGAAGUCAAAGGAGACGAGAUCUUUGUGAUGUUCGAUGGCUGGCGCGGAGCCUUUGACUACUGGUGUCGCUUCGACUCCAGGGAUAUCUUCCCUGUGGGCUGGUGCAGUAUGACCAAACACAGCCUGCAGCCACCCGGGAACAGCGUUACGCUUCCGAAGCCUCUUUCUAUUUCCACCACGUCGCCUUCCAAGCUUACUCGACGCUCCAUGCCGUCGCCAUACCGGCUACCCAACCCACUGCCCCCCCUGCCCGUUAGGAAAGGGGUACGGGGGCGCAGGCCAAAGAGCGAGACCAUCGCCCUGCUGAAGGCUGUGGCAGCCGCAGCCGCAGCGCAGAAUGCGGCCGCCCAGCAGGGCACUUCACCAAAAACUACACCCACUCCCCAGCUGCCACCCCAGCAACCCAAAAAAAGAGGUCCCAAACCAGGCAGCAAGAGGAAGCCAAAGGUGCUGCCGACCUCCAUGUCAUCAGGCACCACUGACUCCAGACUGUCCAGCGUUCAGAAGCUCAGCGAAGGGGCAGACCAUCUGGGCUCAGGAUCUUCUGUCAUUUCAACUGUGUGUGUGUAUGUAAACAAACACGGGAACUUCGGACCUCACCUGGAUCGUAAGCAGGUACAGCGGCUUCCGGACCACUUUGGACCUGAUGCGGUGAAUGUGGUCCUACAGCAGGCUGUUCAGGCCUGUGUGGACUGUGCCUACCAGCCUAAAGUCCUCUUGGGCUGUCUGCAGGGCCAGGGUGAUGGAGGAGAAAUUGUCAGAGUGAGGACGGAUGGGGGCACUCAGAUGGUGAAACUGCCCUCAGCCUCCAGUGCCUCUUUUGUCCUGCGUUUUCUUGAGAUGGUGUGUCGCCAUCUGCAGUGUGACAACCUGUUCAGCAGUCAACCCUUCAGUCCGUACACUGCCUACGACAGGAGCAAGUCAGUUAAAGAGGAGAUGUCAGAGGCCCUGUCACUGAAUCGAGGGAGUAAGCGAAUUUCCAGAGACUCGCCCCCCUACUCUGCCCCCCUGUCACCCAAACUCCUGCGCACAGAGGCACACCCCUCAGAAGCAGAGACUCUGCCCCAUGAAGAGAACAGUUUACUGAAAGAACAGCGAUUCAUGGACUCCGCCUCCAAUUCCAUGACCCCACGCCCUCAGACUCUGAGAAGUUCCUCUGAGUGCCACGCCCAGCCGAGCAGCCCGUAUUUCCACGCCAGUUCCACUACAGGUCCUGAUGGACAGGGUGGAGACAGAGAGGUGUCCAGAGGCUCCAGUAGGAGUCCUUCCUCCUGGUCUAUAGAAGAGGUUAUGCAGUUUGUGAGAGACGCUGAUCCCACAGCACUGGCCCCACACGCUGAGCUCUUCAGGAAACAUGAGAUUGAUGGAAAGGCUCUGAUGUUGCUGAGAAGCGACAUGGUCAUGAAAUACAUGGGUCUGAAGUUGGGCCCUGCCCUCAAACUGUGCCACCACAUUGAGAGACUCAAACAGGGCAAACACUAGGUGCCACUACAACAACAACAACAACAACAAAAAAAAAUACAGUCAGUGACAGUUUGACACAAGCAGAGCAAAUCAACAGACUGAGAGACACAAUGUCCCCAAACCAGACAAUUCAACAGACUGAGAGACACAAUGUGCCCAGACCAGACCAUUCAACAUUCAAGAGGUUUAAGAGAAGACCAUCCGUGAUUUCAAAUGAACUGAUGUCCAGGGCUGUGUGCAGACCAAAAAAAGUCUGAUCUGUGUUUGAUUUUAGUCAAAGUCAGAAUCUCUUGGAACUUUGGGCAGCUAUAAUCAGCACACAAUACUAUCUGCAAUACUGCUUGGCCAAGUCUCAUACAAGCAAUACUACUUGGCCAACUUCCAGACAGGCAAUACAGAGGACUCAGCGCUCUUCUCUGCAUCAGUGGAUUCCCAGCUAAACGCCAACUGAGUCCAUCAGAAAAGCACCAGACUGAAAGGGUUUUGGCAGAGGUGCGUGAGGAACAAAGCAAAGUGUCACCAUCUCAGAUCCCUGAAGUAACACUGGUGGUCACGCACACACACAGGUACCAGGGCAAAGAUAAACUUUGACAAAAUACAGAAGCUCUGUUUUUCUCUCUGUGUCAUGCCCAGUACCAUCGUUUUGUCCCUCACAAGAAACUCUGCAGAUGAUUGAGAACUGCCUAAAUCGUCAAUCGGACCACCUCACAGAUAUUUUUUUCUAGACUUCUGAAACCUACGAACAUGAGUAUUUGUACACAGAUGAGACCAGGGUACCUCAGCGAAUUUGUUUCAUCAGCAAGUCCAGAGAUCUCCCAAGCAGUGACGCCAAAGGACGAGGAUCUCUGCUGUGUUUACAG